UUCGCGCUUCAGUUUGAAACGAGUGAUGCGGGGAUGUGUGGAGACUGGAGGUGGUGUGAGAUGAAGAUGGAGCCUGCCGCGGGAUCAUCACAGAUGUGGAAAGAGUUCGGUAGACUGACAGGCUGGGAAGGAGAUGUCAAAGCCGACUGCGCACAGCGUCUCCGAGACGUGUUGGACCGCGUGAAGUUGGAGACCGGCUGUGGAGAUGAUACUGUGUCAGCUCUGCUGUCGCUGCUGGGUGAGGACGACGCGGUGUUCCCAACAAACAUGGAGGCGUGGCCUUGUAUUGUGGGCGAGAACCUGUGUGUGGAAAAACACGGAGGUCAUGAAGACGAACGGGCUAAGCAGCCAGGACAAACUGCUCCUGUGGGGAAUCGUUUUCUCCGUCCUGUCACAGAAAAUGACAUUCACGGCAUGCCAGUGUACGGCCACCCUCAUGAACGUUCAUGUGCUGAGGGCGGAUGAGAUAGGCUCCAUGCCAAAGAGGCUCCGAGCUGCCUGGAGUAGGCUGACUGCUCCAAC